UCACGCUGUCCAUCUUCUACAACUCCGCCGCUCAUGACAAUUCGACGCCGCUGCGUUAUCUAUCGUCUGUGUCGUGGCUUUGCCUGGAUUCCUCUCGGAAGACGAUGCAGGGAGUAGUCUAAUUGUGCCGAAGUCAAACCUUUUUCUAUAACGGUGUUCAUUUAUUCUUUUUCGUUUUUUUGUCUUCGCGGUGAUUGCUGUGUAAGUCUUUUAGAGUCUAGAUUCUCGAGGUUUUAAUUUUAAUUUUAAUUUUUCUAUCUUGGGAAUAGGGAGCAUCUCGUGGUGUGUUGGUUGGAGACGACGACAAGAGGUGGGAAUGCGUAGCGAAUGUGUUGUGUUCUGUAAAAUUGCGGUGAUGAGGCAGAAGGCGAGGGACAGCGAAGUUGUUGAGAGAUCGUGUGGUCCAGGCGGUUUGCUUUCGGGCUCGGGUUUGGUUUUUGAGUUUAGGAUAGUGGCGCGGGGGGUGGGGGGGAUGUGAAUGAGGUGGCGCAAUUUUGUCUAUGACUUGGGGUGGGGUUUCGAGGGAAGGUUCAUGUGUGCGUAAAUUUAUUGUUGGAGAUUGCGUUUAAUGCGGGGCAGUGCAUGGGGAAGGAAUAUAAAUUGGUUUCGUUUGCUCUCGUUCUUGGUUCUACCUUGCUGGACUCUGGCGCAUGUCAUGCUUGAGGAGACUACAGAUUUGGAGAUUGGAGCAGUAUCCAAUCAUUCGAAUGGAAUAAUGGGACAUGCGAAAGUGCCGGAUAAGGACUUUCUUGAGACACCAGAUCACCAGUUAUCCUCUGUUCCUAUAACAUUGAAGUUUUCCAACGUAGUGUACAGCGUCACGAUGAAGCAGCCCAAGAACUGGUGGAACAUAACGAAGCUUAAACGCAAUGUCAUGAAGACUCAAGAUAAGACGAAGGAGAUUCUGCAUGGAGUUUCUGGUGUUGUCCGUGCCGGAGAGAUGCUAGUUAUGCUGGGGCCGUCUGGAAGUGGCAAAACAACACUUCUCAAUGUCCUCGGAGGAAGGCUGAAGAGUGCGAAGGUGAAGGGCACGAUUCUUUACAACGACGAGACUCAUUCGAACUUUGUGAAAAGACGCACGGGCUUCGUCACACAGGACGAUGUGCUGUUUCCAAAUUUGACAGUGAAGGAGACACUUGUAUACGCUGCUAGACUUAGGUUGCCUGAUACGUACACGCGGGAGGCGAAGGUGCAGCGCGCUGAGUCUAUCAUCACAGAGCUUGGACUAGAGCGUUGCAAAGACACAAUUAUCGGAGGUCCAUUUAAACGAGGAGUUUCAGGAGGAGAAAGGAAGCGAGUCAGUAUCGGCCAUGAAAUGCUUGUGGACCCAAGCCUUCUCUUCCUGGAUGAGCCGACUUCGGGAUUGGACUCAACGACUGCCUUGAGAAUCAUCAAAACUUUGCAGGACAUGGCAAAGAGUGGGAAAACCAUCAUAACCACAAUUCAUCAGCCUUCUAGCACCGUCUACCACAUGUUUGACAAAAUGAUUCUUCUCUCUGAGGGUCACCUGCUAUAUUAUGGCGAUGGCCAUCAAGCGAUGAGUUACUUUGCAUCCAUCCACUUUUCGCCGCCAUUUCCGAUGAAUCCCGCCGACUUUUUGCUGGAUCUCGCUAAUGGAGUGACACCUGACAGGCUAAUUGAAGGAGAGGACAAGUCUGGUGCUUUUGAAGGAAAGAAGCACAACGAAGAUCCACAAGCUGUGCGUCAAGUACUCAUCAAGGCAUACAAGAGCAAUUUGGAGCAUAAAAUAGACACUGAAGUUGCGUCUACUUCUGCCCCUGCAACAGCAUUUGCUGAUAAAGCUGGAUUGAACAAGUGGUCCACAUCAUGGAGAGAGCAGUUCAGUGUUCUACUUGAACGAGGUUGGAAGGAGCGCCGUCAUGAAGCAUUUUCACCUUUAAAAAUAGGACAAGUGCUCGCUAUCUCCAUAAUUUGUGGUCUCCUUUGGUACGAUUCGCCUGAAUCUCAAGUGCAAGAUCGGGUCGGACUUCUGUUCUUCUUCAUAACAUUCUGGGGCUUUUUCCCUGUGUUUUCUGCUAUCUUCACCUUCCCACAAGAACGAGCCAUGCUGAUUAAAGAAAGAGCCUCAGGCAUGUACCGGCUUAGUGCAUAUUUCAUGGCUCGCGUUAUAGGCGAUAUGCCUCUAGAGCUUGUUCUACCAACCAUUUUCAUAACUAUUGUAUACUGGAUGGCGGGGUUGAAGCAAACCUUUUUGGCAUUCAUCCUCACUUUGUUGGUGAUUCUUUACACUGUCCUCGUAUCGCAGGGUCUAGGACUCACAUUGGGAGCGGCUCUAAUGGACGUCAAGAAAGCCACAACUCUAGCAUCUGUGAUUAUGCUGACGCUCUUACUUGCUGGCGGGUACUACAUUCAGAACACUCCCAAGUGGAUUGCAUGGAUCAAGUACUUGUCUGUUAGUUACUGGAGCUACAAGCUUCAGCUGGCAGCGCAGUACUCUCCCGACCAAACUUAUGCUUGCUCCACAGGUUCCUCAGGACGGUGCCGAAUCGCAGACUAUCCUGCGGUGGCGAAUGUAGGCCUUGAUCAAUUGGGUAUUGCCGCAAUGGCCAUGGCCAUCAUGCUGGUCGGGUACAGACUUAGUGCAUAUUUUUUCCUUUCACGGAUUAAAGGACAUGAUAAGUAAGAUAGUAGAGGAUCUUCAUUGCAGUUAAGUGACUGUAGCAUUAUACUUGUACAAUAUUGUAGCCAGUUGGAGAAACUAGUGUGAUGACAAGAAUUUUAGCUAUGAUCAUGUUGGAGUAGUAAUAUGUUGAAUAUUAUAGACAGUGCUCCUGUUAAGGUUGAAGUAAUCUUCAAUCACAUUUUUUUCUUCAUAUGAAUUACAGCUCCACAUGAAAGUUUUAUA